AUGAACUUUGAUCCACCAGCACGCUGCGGUGGAGCGGAUAACUUCGUCACAGGAGCUGAAUCUGAGCCACUUGCACGAUGCGAUGAAGCAGAUGAUCUUCCCACAGGAGUGAGAUUUGAGCCGCUAGCACGUUGCGAAGGAGCAGCUGGUUUCGUUACAGGGGUCGAAUCCUGUCUAUUCGAAGCGGUGCUAGGAGUGCGUGAUCGCAUACCGUUCAAUGGCGAAGGCAACUGUGGCGGAGGUGGAACGCCCAUGGGCUGCGGAGUUGGAACGCCCAUGGGCUGCGGAGGUGGAACGCCCAUGGGCUGCGCUACAACUGACGAUAAUUGA